AUGAAACCACCUUAUGCCGCAUCCUGGUUUUAUUUCAGUGUGCGCGGUGGGGCCCCAGGGAAACUUCUCAAAAUUAACAUAAUGAAUAUGAACAAACAGAGUAAACUCUAUUCCCAGGGUAUGGCCCCAUUUGUCCGAACUGUGCCCAUCCGGUCUCGCUGGGAGCGUAUCAGAGAGAGGCCAACGUUUGAGAUGAUAGAAAACCAGUUUGUUUUGUCUUUUGUCCAUCGGUUUCUGGAGUGUCGAGGUGCCACUACCUACUUCGCAUUCUGCUUUCCCUUCUCAUAUGAGGAAAGUCAGGAGAUGCUGGCCGGGCUGGAUGACCGCUUUACUGACUGCAGACACAUGGGUCCUGGCAGUAACACUGAAUCCAUUUACUACCAGCGGGAGUUGCUCUGCCACUCUCUGGAUGCCCUCCGUGUGGACCUUCUAACCAUCAGUUCUUGUCACGGGAUGAUAGAGGAGCGAGAGCCUCGAUUGGAUAAGCUGUUCCCAGAUCGCUCCACUCCUCGCCCAUACCGCUUCCCUGGAAAGAGGGUGUUUUUCUUGAGCAGCCGAGUUCAUCCCGGGGAAACACCAUCCAGCUUUGUGUUUAACGGCUUUCUGGAGUUCAUUUUACGACAGGAUGAUCCCCGCGCUGCCAUGUUAAGGCAGUUGUUUGUCUUCAAACUCAUCCCUAUGCUGAAUCCUGACGGGGUAGUUAAAGGGCAUUACAGAACCGAUACCAGAGGUGUCAACCUUAACAGACAGUAUCUUAAUCCAGAUUUUGAGUUGCAUCCAUCUGUUUAUGGUGUUAAAUCUGUUCUCCUGUACCAUCAUGUUCAUAAUCGUGUUUGCCUAAAUGAACCUGACGCAAGGAACGCUGAGCCUCAAAUGAACUCCAAACCCCCUUAUUCCUCCAAUACUUCUAACCAUUCCCUAAAUGAGACCUCACUGUCUUCUGAGGAUUCCUUGUCUGACCUUGAGAAAAAAAAUAACCUCCUGAACAUUAUAGAGAGAGAGGUUCCUUAUAUCUCCUCCUCGCUGGAUAUAAUGCAGCCAGCGAAGGCUUCAACAAAAACUGAUCCUAGCAUGAAGGAAGAGGAUGUGUGGAUCUUGGGUCCAGGGGGGGAUGGUGGACAGGAAAAUCUGUGGAACAGUUUCUUACAGUCAGACUCCUCACAGAACAUUCCCCCUCAGGAGAGUGGCAUCGCAUUUUACGUGGACUUGCACGGUCACGCCUCAAAAAGAGGCUGUUUCAUGUAUGGAAACUAUUUUACCCAAGAGAACGACCAGGUGGAGAACUUACUCUAUCCAAAGCUCAUCUCGUUGAACUCUGCGCAUUUUGAUUUCACGGGAUGUAACUUCUCUGAGAAGAACAUGUACGCCAAAGACAAGAGGGACGGGCAGUCUAAGGAAGGCAGUGGCCGUGUAGCCAUACACAAAGCCACAGGGAUUAUCCACAGUUACACAUUGGAAUGCAAUUACAAUACAGGUCGCUGUGUCAACACAAUCCCUACAGCAUGUCACGACAAUGGCCGGGCGAGCCCUCCGCCGCCUCCUGCAUUUCCUCCCAAAUACACCACCGAUCUGUUUGAGCAGAUUGGUAGAGCUGUGGCCAUCUCGGCCUUAGAUAUGGAAGAUUGCAACCCCUGGUCCAGACUCAUAAUGUCAGAGUACAACAACCUGACAAACGUACGUGCCUGGAUGCUGAAGCACGUGCGCAAUACCAAGGGAAUUAUUGCCGGCGCGUCCAAGAAAAAAGGCAUGAAGACCCCACCUAAGGCCUGCAAUUUGGCAUCCAUAGCAUUGUCUGAGAACAGUCUGAUCCGAGCAAGGAGCUACAGCAAUGGAACCACAAGCAGUAGCAGCAGCCAGCAGACCUCUCCACAGAUCAAGCCAACAUCUAGCUUUUCAUUUAUCUGCGGCAAGUCCUCUGGCUUUGGCAACACCAGUCAGAGCCAGCCUAAGACCACACUCAAGAAUCUGGGAACAGUGAGAGAAACAAAAGCUCAAGACAAGAGGCGCCAGCAUCACCAAUCCUUACUACGCGCUGUUGUCCACAGUCCCACCAGAGGGCAGCACAACUCUCACAUCCCUCAUCUGACCCCAUCCGUCAGCUUGGGGUGUCCUAGGAUGUCAUCACAACAGAAGCUGUCCUGUUCCCUCCCUGCCUCUCUCAGCAUGUCAGGCACUGGGAUCACUGGCUUUUCACCAGCAAACAAAAUGAAGGACACAAAUACAUUCAAGAAGAGUUUCCGGGAAGCGGAGUCCACCAAGCACCAAGUGCGAGCUGAAUACGGAAUGGCUCUAUUACAGAAUUUCCAUAAAAGAGGAAACACCCAUAAAGACAUGGAGUACUCCAGAUCAUUGGAGAAAAUGGGAUUGCGUCCCAGCAGGAUCCCAAUUAGGAAAAAUACUCUCCUACACCCUCAGGGCCUGCUACAUGUUGGUGGCAGUGACACGCCCUUACUGAGAGUAUGGAAAUACACUACUGACCCGUCUUUGGAGAGCUGCACACUCACAGAUCUGGCUACAGUAACUUCCAGCUUGUCAGUGUGCUCGGUGCCACUUCUUAGGUCCAAGCUUGAGGAGCCCCUCUUUAUCUGCAAAUCAACACAAGAGCUCAGUGAUCAGAAUUUUCCAAAUGUCUCACCGGACACUACACAUCUUUCCACAUACCCGAGUGUUCUGACCUUCUGUUCAGAGGCAUAAAGGGCAGCGUCACCAUUCGAUCUUCUCAGACCAACGCAUUUCACUCACCCACCUAAAUGGUGCUACGUAUAUGAAGUUCGCUGCAGUGAAGAUAACAGGAACUGGGCACUUUUUAUACUUUAUUUUACCGUUUUCCUUUAUUUUUACACAAGACGUGGGCUACAUAGAACUGUCCUAUUUUUUCAUGUCAUGUACACGCAAUAUAUGAGCGAGACCUCAAGUAAGCCACAGACAGGCAUUACUACAUUCAGAGUUUUGUACCAUUCUCUGUUUCAAGUAAACUCGAGUCGCUUUGUAUUUUUAUCAAAUAAUGUGCUAGUGCUCUCACAAUCUGAUAUGGAAUUUUUCACGUGAUAGCCACUCUUGUUCAACUAAAUAAAUAUGUACUAACUUUUCAACAAUAUACAUUUUCUAUCCGGGGAACAAGAACAGAUAGAUGUUACUACUUUCUAAAUUAUUUAUACACUUGGACACUGUAAAUAGUUGUUUGAAGACACGUUUGGUAUUUUUAAUGUUUUUAAUGUUUUAUGCUGUUUUAUGGUUUUGACUCUUUACUGUACUCCUGCAGUGGCGGGAUUAAUGGAAUAUGUUUAAUACAAAGGUGCAGUGCAAAUAAAAAAUAUUUCAAUUGUU